AUGGCUUCAAACACAUACCCCGUGCUUCCAGAGAAGCUCCUCCUCAUCUCAUUAAAGAUGUACUUCACCCCAGAGCGCACCACCACCUACCUACGCAGCCUCCUAGAUCCCACCAACGAGAUUGUCCACCCCCAAAACCGGGGAAAGCUCCUUCUCGCCCUGAUCCCAGAUUUCCUCACCAUCUGGCCCUGUGCCGAGAUCCUAAGGGAAUACGAGAACAAGCUAGUCGCCUCGGGGACAUCAAUCUCCCCACCACCCUUCUUCCUCGGUGCCCAGGAUUGUAUGUGGGAAGAAUACGGCGCGUACACGGGCGAAGUCUCCCCAGCCGCGAUCAAGUCUCUCGGUUGUUCAAUUGUUGAGCUGGGUCAUGCCGAGCGCCGUGCUAUUUUCGGUGAAACGGAUGACCAGACAGCCCGCAAGGCUGCUGCGACUUGCGCGCAGGGUAUGGUCCCCCUCGUCUGUGUUGGGGAGAUUACUGCACCCGGGGCUAUUGCCUCUGAAGCUGUCGGCCAAGCUGUGGCCGAAUGCGCGGUUCUCGUACGUGCCGUGCUGGCUGCUAUCCCCGCGGAUGCACCCGUGAUCUUUGCUUAUGAGCCCGUGUGGGCGAUUGGCAAACCCAAGCCUGCGGGCGUUGACCACGUCGGCGCCGUUGUAGAGGGUAUCCGUGGGGUGAUUGGCUCCCGCCCCGGUGCUGCGCGUGUGCUGUACGGUGGCAGCGCUGGACCUGGUCUCUGGGGUGCUGGUGGACUGGGCAAGGCCGUCGAUGGUAUGUUCCUCGGACGGUUUGCGCAUGAAAUUGAGGGCGUGCGCAAGGUCGUCCAUGAAGUGGAGGAGUCGCUGGGCCUGGCCUGA